AUGGCGUCGGGCGGCAAUCAUUAUUACGCCAGUGGUGGCGCUGGCAACGCGCAACAACCACCAUACUACGACCCUGACGCUCUGCAUGUGCAUUCCCAGUCAUCAACGCCCGCGCCGCAGUAUCACGCCACCGGCCAGCCCGGCUACGACUACGGAUAUAACGCACAACACACGCAGAACCAACCCGGCCGACCGUCGCCCUUUGACACAGUCUUCGACGAUCACGCGUAUCCGCCGAGCUCCGGACAAAACAGCGUACCUGGCGGGAAUACGCCGCAACCUGGCCUCUACCAAGAUACAGGCUACUACGGCCAAGCCGGGGCCUCUCCGAUGUCCUCAAGACCGAAUGUCGCCGAGAACAUCCCUCUGCAGGACCGCCCGACCAAGGACGGCGAGCCGACCGAUCACAUUUACGAUGCCUCGGCCGCCCCUGGACAACAGUCGCGCAGGGGUAGAGGCAAGGUACGCGUGGGAGAGCUAGGCAUGCUUGGCUCUGACAAGAAGCGAAUCCCCUUUGUUGUGUACCUUUUCAGCCUGAUCCAGGCCGCCGUCUUCAUCGCUGAAAUUGUGAAAAAUGGUAUCAUGACGGGGUCCCCUAUCAUGAUUAAGCCGCAGUUCAAUCCCAUGAUCGGCCCCUCGACAUCGGUGCUCAUUUACAUGGGUGCUCGAUACGCGCCCUGCAUGCACAACAUCGAGGCCAUCCAGGGUGCACCGGCCGACAAACUAAUCCCCUUCCUCUGCCCGAAUGCCACGACCAAUACCGAAAUUUGCCCUCUCUCUACAGUCUGUGGCUUUGGCGGUGUACCCGACCCGGUCGGGGGAAACGCGAAUCAGCAACCGGCCCCCGACCAGUGGUUCCGAUUCAUUAUUCCCAUCUUUAUGCAUGCUGGAGUUAUUCACAUCGGAUUCAACUUGCUUCUUCAACUGACGAUAGCCAAGGAGAUGGAGCAGGCCAUUGGACCCAUCCGCUUCCUCCUCGUCUACAUGAGCGCUGGUAUUUUUGGGUUUGUCAUGGGUGGUAACUUUGCUGCGCCAGGUAUUGCCUCUACUGGCGCCUCCGGCUCAUUAUUUGGCAUCAUUGCGCUCACGCUUCUGGACUUGCUCUACUCGUGGUCGGAGCGUCGCAGCCCCGUCAAGGAUCUUAUGUUCAUCAUUGUGGACAUGGUCAUUUCAUUUGUUCUCGGCCUGCUGCCUGGCCUGGACAAUUUCUCCCAUAUUGGUGGCUUCCUCAUGGGACUCGCGCUCGGAAUCUGCGUUCUGCACUCUCCUAAUGCGCUGCGAAGACGCAUGGAUGAGGGCACAGCUUAUUCUGCCGUCCAAGGCGGCCAGGCAGUGCAUCCGGCUUUCAUCAAAAGCCCUGUUGGCUUCUUCAAAGGGCGAAAGCCGCUCUGGUGGGCCUGGUGGCUUGUGCGAGUUGGCGUUCUCAUCACCAUCAUUGUCGUCUUCAUCGUUCUGCUGAACAACUUCUACAAACUUGGCGAGCAGUGUAGUUGGUGCAAGUAUUUGAGCUGCCUGCCCAUUAAGGACUGGUGCGAGCUUGGCGCCAUCAAGAGCUCUUGA